AUGUUACCAUUAUCCUUAUUACGAACGGCCCAGAACCAUCCAAUGUUAGUCGAGUUAAAGAAUGGUGAAACAUAUAACGGCCACCUCGUGAGCUGUGAUAAUUGGAUGAAUAUAAAUCUCCGUGAAGUAAUUUGCACGUCACGAGACGGUGAUAAGUUCUGGAGAAUGCCAGAAUGUUAUAUACGCGGUAGUACUAUAAAAUAUUUAAGAAUACCAGAUGAGGUUAUAGAUAUGGUAAAAGAAGAAACUCAGGUAAAAGCAAGAGGUCGAAGUGAAGUCUCGAAAGGCCGUGGUGGCGGACAAAACAUGAGGUCAGGUCGCGGAGGUGGCCGUGGCGCUUUUGGUAAUCGCGGAAGGCCGGCGCCACUUUCCAGAGGUGGCGGUAACGCGGGUAGAAAUCCACAAAACAAAAAUAAAAAAUAA